CAAAGACACAAGCAGCAGCUGUGGUCAGUGUUUUUCAUCAUCUCUAAAAACACACACACACACACACACUAAUCUGCAAUCAUGGCGUCUCAACUAAGCAAAAAACGAAAGUUUGUAGCAGACGGCGUGUUUUUUGCCGAAUUGAAUGAGGUGCUAACCAGAGAGCUAGCGGAAGACGGCUACUCCGGCGUGGAAGUUAGGGUUACGCCGAUGCGUACUGAAAUCAUCAUCAGAGCUACUCGUACUCAAAACGUUCUAGGUGAGAAGGGAAGGAGGAUAAGAGAGCUAACUUCUCUUGUUCAGAAGCGAUUUAAGUUCCCUGAAAACAGUGUUGAGCUUUAUGCUGAGAGAGUGAACAACAGGGGGCUUUGUGCCAUUGCCCAGGCUGAGUCUUUGCGUUACAAGCUUCUUGGAGGGCUUGCUGUCCGCAGAGCUUGCUAUGGUGUUCUGAGAUUUGUUAUGGAGAAUGGAGCCAAGGGGUGUGAGGUGAUUGUUAGCGGAAAGCUUAGAGCUCAGCGUGCCAAAUCAAUGAAGUUCAAGGAUGGGUACAUGGUUUCAUCUGGUCAACCUGUCAAGGAGUACAUCGACUAUGCUGUGAGACACGUGCUUCUUAGACAGGGCGUUCUUGGUAUUAAGGUUAAGAUUAUGCUCGAUUGGGAUCCUUCUGGCAAACUCGGACCCAAAACUCCUUUGCCCGACAAUGUUGUUAUUCACAUGCCCAAGGACGAUGUCGCUACAUUUCCACCAAAGGAGGUAGAAGAAUAUAUGCCACCAAUCGUUGCUGAUGAGCCUUUGCCUGCGGCUGUUUAAGGCUCUCUGAAAAAGAAAGAUUAGAUAUCUUUGUGAUGUUUAGACUUGGAAGUUUUGGAUGAUAAAUCUUAUGUGAUCUGUUAAGUACCGGUUUUUAAACUGAUUUUUAAGUUUAUGUUAAUGGUUGACAGUUAUUUCUGAACACUUGCAUUAUUACAAGAAUAGAAUGUUUUGUGCUUUAUUCA